AAAGUGCGCUCCUCCUGAGCAGGCAGAGGUGCGUCCAGUCCUUUGGCAGCAGCGGACUUUUAGUUUGUGGCUCCUGAAGCCAAACAAGCGGCGCGGUGCAGAGUCACAACUCUGUGCAGAGUUUCAGAAGCUGGGAGCUUCUUUUGCAGGGAUUUUUUCCCCCUCCCCAUACGAUUGUUUUUUUUAUUGUUUUUGUGAGCUGAAAUCAAAGUUUGGAAGUAUCUUUGUUUUGUUUUUCUACUACUGAGUCCGAGCGCACUGACUGCAUGAAAUAUCAGUGGACAUUUGGAGCUCUUUGAAGAGACCAGUUUUGCCGUUAAAGAUGACCGCUGAGGCGCAUUCACAUUUGGGACUGCAGAAACCCCCCAUGGAUUUCGUCAGCGACUUUGACUUGAUGAAGUUCGGCGUGAAGAAGGAGACGAUGCAGGGGCUGGAUCGCUCCUUCAUCGGGCCGUGCAGCCAGCUCCAGAGACCAGACUCCGUCUCCUCCACCCCUGGCAGCACACCUUGCAACUCGGUACCCUCAUCGCCAAAUCUGAAUCCAAACGAGCAGAGAAAUAAUCCCGGAAGCGACCAGUUCUGGAUACCCAACAACGGGGGUUACCCUCAGCAGAUGUACCCUCAAGCUUUCGGCCUGACACCCGAAGACGCAGUGGAGGCCCUCAUUGGAGCCACGGCGCAGCAGGGACACCCCUCUGCGCCCCACGGCCACCACCCGCCACCCUUCCAGGCUGACUACGAGGGCUACGGCCACCUGAACGAGCCUGUCCAGCAUUACCUUCACCCCGACAUGCAGGGUAUCCCCAACGGCCACUGCCAGGACCCCUAUCUGAAAGAUGACAGCGCGUCUCCGGAGUCGCCAGAGGCCCAGCAGGUCCUCGGUGCGCACCACCACCUCCAGCAGCAGCACAGCCGCCACGACAGGCGAUCCAACGCCGACAUGCACUUCUCAGACGACCAGCUGGUGUCCAUGUCCGUCAGGGAGCUCAACCGGCUCCUCAGGGGCCUGAGCAAGGACGAGGUGAUGCGUCUGAAGCAGAAGCGCCGGACCCUGAAAAACAGAGGUUACGCACAGUCCUGCCGCUACAAGCGCGUCCAGCAGAAACACAUUUUGGAGCACGAAAAGACGAGCCUGGUGUCACAGGUCGAGCAGCUCAAACAUGAACUCAACAGACUGGUCCGGGAGAGAGAUGCAUACAAACUUAAAUGCGAGAAACUGUCCGGUGCAAACUGUUACCACGAAACUGGGUCCACCAGUGACAACCCUUCCUCACCCGAGUAUUUAAUGUGAGUUUGUUGAUUUCCUGCAGAACUGAUUCUUUUCCAUACGGAGGCAUUCGUGUUGACAGCUCGCCUUGCUGUUGAGCAAACGACCCCACGGAUUCAUCCAGUUUUGAAUCAUCUCGGGCAUAAGGACAUGACUCAAAUAAUUGUAAUAGAUACAUCUAGGCAGCAACAUAUGAAUGGAAUUUUUUGCAAUGAAGCAUGCAUGCAGGACAUGUAUGAGAUGUUUUUAUUUUAUACAGGCAUAUCUGUAUUUUGUCUGACAGGAGAUACUUGAAAUCAGAGGAUAUUUGCUUUUAUUAAUAUACAACUUUAAUCUUCCUGCUUCAGUUACUGCUCAGUCUUCAU